CAAUGUCGGACAUUUUGCGCCAACUUUCUGGGUUUGUCAGAUACUGCAACUACUAAAACUGUUAUAUUUUAUAACAGUGGGUGUAAAUUAACUCGCAAGUGGCUAAAAUGCAAAACACAGUGAAAUUCUAAUUGAGUGAUGUAAAGGAACUGGUCCUAUCAGCCCCAGUUCAAGUGCAAGAUUGCUCUGAAGUGGGUGAUCCGGUCGAAGGUGAUGUAGUCGAGAAUAGAGAAUGGAGUUCGACUUGUGACAGCAGUAUUUUGAAGAAUUAUAUCUGACGUGCAUGGGCUAAUCUACAUACAAAUCAGGAUGGCUACUGUUGAAUAUGAUUUGGAUACGUCUGGCGGACUGAUGGAGCAAAUCCAGAAGCUUGUUGCACCACCUGUCAGUGAAGAGUAUGCGAGACGAAUGAGAAGACGAGACCGUGAACAUCGAAGACACGGUCGUUCUGUCAACCAUGACUGUUGUGACAGCUGCAAGGAAGGUGGCGAUCUUCUCUGCUGUGAUCGUUGUCCAGCAGCUUUUCAUUUGCAAUGCCAUGAUCCGCCAUUAGAGGAAGAUGAUCUGCCUCCAGGGGAAUGGAUAUGUCAUAGGUGCCGGAUCGCUGACAACCAGAGCAAGGAGGAUCCAGUUCCAAGUACAUCUACUGGAUCAAGAGGUCGUCCAAAGAGGCAACAUUCUCAAGAAGAUGAAAAAGAUGUGCCAGAACACCCCCUUCAGACCCUUGCAAAAGCUGCUCGUCUCAUGAACCCCAUUCAGUUUGAUCUGACAAAGGAUAUUGCAUGCACUAUUCCACUUCCAGGAUCAAGCAAAAGAAGAAUUGGGAGUCGAGGACCCAGUCGAAAAGCUCCUCAUGAACUGGACAAUGGCAUGGUGCCACUACCAGCUAAAGUUUGCUUCCAGUGCAGCAGGAGUUGUCGGGUGGCCCCCCUGAUCCAGUGUGACUAUUGCCCACUACUGUUCCACCUGGACUGUCUUGCCCCACCUCUUACCAGCUUCCCCACAGGCAGGUGGAUGUGCCCCAACCAUGUGGAGCAGAGUGUGGAUGAGUACCUGUUGAAGUCUCUGAGUCUGUGUGAGAGGGUGAAGCUGUGGGACCGGUCAGCAGGUCAUGUGGACCAGCAUGCAGUCAAGGUCAACUUCCUACACAAAGCGCAUCGCCAGAAUCCUCCCUUCAGGUUCAAGAGAAGACUCCCAUCAAGGAAGACUAUUACUAUACCGCAAGCAAUAAAAGAUCACUACAACAAUCCUCCCCCAUUACUUCCAAGGGCAGCUACAGCAACACUUGGCAGUGUGGAAACGUCCAGCCAGGCUGCAUCAUCAUCAGAGGCAACACUUGAAGAACAAGAGGAGUGGCUGACAGCUGUUGUGUCUCUUCAAACAAGCAUUGCCAAAUUCCUGGCUCAGAAACAAUUACAAAAAUCAUCUGAUAGUGCUAAAUCAGACUCUGGUCGCUGUGAACACGGUAAGCCCACAGCGUCGGUGGCUCCGGUGAUACAUCGAGAUACAGACAAUGCUCAUUGUAGUCUGGCAGCUGGAGAUGCCCAACCCUCACAUACAUUCAAGGAUAGCAACGACUGUGAUAGGACUAAUAGCUUGAAUGGAUCUGGCUUGACCAGUCCACAGGAGACAUUACCCAACGGCCCAUUCGAGAUCGGUAAGGGAGCAGCAAUAUCCCUCCUCCAUGGAGGCACUGCAACAACCAGCAGUAGCGCCAUGAAUGGUGAGAUGGAGUACGCAGAUGUUCAGAAAACGAAGCCUGAUGCUGUUGUGAUACGGACAAGAAGUAAUAGUGCUGACUCAGCUUCUCCCAAUGUGGUCAAGGUCACAUGGCCCUGUGGUGAAAAACAGGUUUCUGGUGGAGUGACAAAUACACAAGGGAAAAAUAUCUUAAUCAGUGCUAUUAAUAAAGUGACAAAAGUGUUGCCCAAUUCCAGUCAGGUGGGAAAGGUUGUGCUACCAGCAAAUAUGGCAGCCAAGAAUGUGAGUGGCAGUAACCCUACCUCAAUUCUCUCCCCACGGGUCACAAUGCAGCCAGCUGUGAAGAUUGCCACCCCUGGGGGUAAACCCUCAUCAACUGGCUCAGGUUCUACAUCCACUCCUAAAGUCAUCACAGUAUCUGCUUCUCCUUCAGGAGUGAAAUCUUCCGGCAGCAGCAAUGUGGCAAUAUCUCAGGGAAAGGGAAGUAACUCAAGUAAUCUGAGCUCACUGCCUACAAUCAUCAAUGUCAACUCUACUCUACAGCAGCUAAUAGAAGGAAAUCAAGAUUGUGAGUUAAACAAGAUUGAUGAGAAGUUGAUCCAAAUCCUUGCAUGGCAACGAUUACAGCAGUUGAUGUCAUCAUCAAACAAGUCCCAAUCACCACCGAACAAGAAGAGUCUUCUCAAUGGCCUUCUAUCUCAACCAGGGUCCAGCGAUGUUCGAGCACGGGCUGUGCUGUGUCCACUCACAGGGAAGGGUCAGGCCGUUCCGAUGCCCUACAGAACACUCAGUAUUGGCACAGGUGCAGACAUGGAUGUGUCCCUCAGUCAGUUUGGAAACUGCAACUUCGUCUCAGCAAAACAUGCCUGUAUUUUUUAUGAUGAGAUGACCCGUCACUAUGAGCUGCUGAACUACAGCGAGCACGGAACAACGGUUGACAAUGUGCUGUACUCGUGUGACUUCUCGGACAAACCAGCGACCACCCCACAGCCUUCGCCUAUCGUGGCUGCUGUGAGGGAGAUCAACAGCAAAGCCCGACGGAGAUCUGAUUCUGAUCCUGAAAAACUAGAAAAACACACCAUGACAGCUAAAGCUCACGAUCUGCCACGCCCCUGCAACUGUCGAGUAAGCAGCUCAAGUCUCAUCGGAGGGAGUGGUGCUGGCUGGGAGGGCACGGCCCUGUUGCAUCAUGGGAGCUACAUCAAAGUGGGAUGCCUCCAGUUUGUGUUCAGCAUUGUCGAUCAGGCGGCUUCAGAACCCAUAAUAGAGAAAAAAGUUGAAUCUAUGUCAUUGUUAAAAACUCACUUAAAGGCAGCAGCUCAGUAACAGGAGUUCAUGUAAGGAUCUUCCCGUAAACAUUUUACUUAGGUUUUUGUUGUUUUUUCUAUGACUUUUAUGGAAAUAUUUGUUAAAUAACAGUUGCUUAGUUUACAGCUAACAUUAAUUUAUUCUUGUGUCAUGAUUUUCUAAUACUGUCUUCAGAUUCAAUAACUUUCGUCUUUAACUUUCCCUUCGUUUGUCAAAUGACAAGUGAAAUAUACUUGCCUCUGUACUUACUGUUAAUCAUAUGUUACACAACAGUCAUAUCUAAUGCAGUGGAGGAAAUCUGGUUGAAACUACCAUUUGACUGCUGUCUUCUUUGAGUGGCAUUUAGAAAUUGAGGUGAUGAACAACGGGUAAAGUUCUUUGGAUAUACAACUUUAUUAUCAGUGGAAGCAACAUAUCAGUGUACAUGCUAACACUGUUAUCAUCUACACUGAACACUUGAUUACAUUAUUAAUAAUGAAGUGUAUAAUCAUAAAUCUUUCCCUGUUUUAUUGCCACUUUAUUAGUGUCUAAUUACAAUUAAUAUGAAGUGGAAAUGUAAGCAGCAUAUUUGUUGAAGUGGUUAUGAAAUAUGCACAAUAGCAAACCAAGUCCGAGGAAAAUUCAGGCUGUAAACUUAAGAAUGUCUAUUGCCAGUAAGUUUGGAAUAUGUCCUUGCCAGGUUCUAAGUAUAUAGUGUAAUUUGUUCAUCUCAGGUUUUGUUCUUCAGGGAUGUGAUCAUAUUCAGAAUCUUAGCAGCUGUAGAGGGGCAUGGUGACCCGCUUGUAAGCAGCUUCAGUUUGAUCUGCAGAGUUCUGUCCCCUUGACAUGCUGAUGUUAUUGAUCUUCGGUUGGAUUGUUGUUUCUAGGUUUGUCAUCACCAUGACUCCCUGAUUUCACCAAAAUUAUAAAUGUCUUUGACCUACGUUGCUUUGCAGAUGAAAUUUACAUGGGAGAGAACUGGCAUACUGUUUAAACGAGCGUAAAAUAUGUCUGAUUCACUCACAGAGCAGCUGAGUGUUAGAAAACAUGAAGUACUGUUAUCACUGAAUGUGAAAAAUUGCUAACUAUUAACUAUAUGUAUAUGGAAAUUUAAACUUAAUUUAAAUAAUUGUACUUAAGUUUUCCGAUAUGACUAGUUUUAUACAGUAUAUUUUUAUGAAUAUCUGUCCAUGAAAAUUCUAUUGUAAAACUAUUUGAAGAAAAUGAAAUGUAUAUAAAAUAAUAGCAUUUCUUAAUUCUGUUUCUCUACACAACCAAUCUGCUGUCCCAUAAUGGAUCAAACCAUUCACAGAAAUUCUUCAAAAGUUGUGCCAUAUUCAGGUUUUAAGGUGCGCUCAUCAUGACAAGGGUUGUCUCCCCUUACAGCUGUGCUGAAGUAUGUGUUUACUGUCGUAUUUCAUAUUGUCAAAAGUUGUCACAUUGCCCAGCUCAUUUGAUACUGCGUAAAGUAGUCAGUACAAAAGGUUUGCUGAUUUGUUUUGAAUCUUGAAUGAAAGUAAAGAGAGUCUUGUAUACUCCCCAUCAAAACUUUAGACUCACUAGUGUAAAUGUAGCCACUGACUUCAGUCAACUGUUCUGAACUAG